UAAUGAACUGUCGACGCAAGAUCCAAGCCUUCGUCCUUCGGAGCACUGCGGAGUUCAGCCCAUCAUCUGCCUCCAUAUAAGAGCUCGCGAAUAUUCGUGCGUCGCUUUUACACAGAAAUCUCUCCUCCCCGCUGUACCAUCUCCCCCUGUAUUCAUACCUGUGAUCACAUGUCGACGACCGAAACGGCUCCGCUCCUCGGAAAGGACGGCGUUCCCCUUAGCACCAUCCCUGCUUGGAAACUAUACUGGAAACUCACCCGCUUGCACCUAUGGCCUGCAGGCACGAUCCUCUUUUUCUGGCCCUGCAUGUGGAGCUUGACCAUGAGUGCCUACCGCCUGGAUCUCCCACCGGAGACUAUUGCCAUCCAGGCUGUUGCGUACCUCAUCGGCUGCACCAUUCGUCACAACGCUGCAUGCAUUUGGAAUGACAUCUGCGACAGGGACUUCGACCGUCAAGUCGAGCGCACUAAGACACGUCCCAUCGCCUCCGGGGCCAUCUCGGUGCCCAAGGCAGUUCUAUUCCUUCUAGCGCACUGCAUUGCGUUCUUCGCCAUCCUUGCUCUUGCUGGCUUCCAGGCCUUUAUUGUUGGGAUUGUUGGCUUCUUCACCUGGGAGGCCAUCUACCCGCUGUCGAAGCGCUUCACGAACUGGCCCCAAGCCUUCCUUGGAUUCGACUGCGCAUGGGGUUUCCCUGUCGUCUGGAUCUCUGUGAACGGUGUUUGGGACUGGAAGCUCGUGACAGCUGUCGUCCUUGGCAUCUCAGCCUGGACAAUCCACUUCGACACGAUAUACGCGCUUCAGGACAAGGAGGACGACGUCAACGCUGGUGUCCACUCCUGCGCACUCCUGUUUGGCGACAAAGUCCGCCCAAUCCUGUCUGUGUUCGCCGCCUUCUUCGUCGCGACACUGGCGUAUGCCGGAUACCUCAACCACCAGGGCGUCUUCUACUACGUGAUCACCGUAGGCGGCACGGGUCUGCACAUGCUAUGGCAGCUCCUCACCCCUGAUCUCGUGGCCAACGGCGGGAAAAUUUGGAAGUCAAAUGGCCAACUGGGCUACCUCGUUGAGGCGGGCUUGCUCGCUGACUAUAUCUACAAGGUUACCUUGUAGGUCGUUGCUCGCUGCAUUACGGCGGCCUCUGAACCCUAUUUAUUGGGCUAC